ACCACGUCCAAGAACGUAAAAUCAGAAAUUAGCUACGAGAAAAUAGAAAUCUGGUUUGUCAUCUCCACGAAUCAAUAUCCAUGUCUUUUACGACGAGACCGAGAAUACAAACUUCAUGUAAUCAAAGUCCGACGGAUCUAGAAACAAGUUGUAUGGUCUCUCAACCGUUACACUUCAGUUUCGUGAAGAUUCACCUUCAUCGCCCCCGCUCAUUUGCUUAUCCCGAAUAAUCGUUUUGUAAAAUCCGAAACCGAGGAGUCGACUAAGAUCAUCAUCAAUAAUUUCGUAAAAGAAAUUUUGUUCAAAAUUGGCGUUUAUUGUACAAUUAGUGCAUCCUCGAUCACAUGUGCAUAUUACGGGGUUUCAUUUCUCUUGUGAGACCAGGCAAUUUUUCGUAUGCCUAGUUUUUUAUGGGGGAAUUUUAUCACCUUGUACAGUCGCUUGUGACUUAUGGAGUAGAAGUUUUACAUCUAGCGAAUGUGGUGAGGGCCGCGAUAGCUAUUGUUAGUAGCCCUGUCUAAUGGAAGCUUGUUCCUACUCCCUGGCCCUCAAUUCGACAUUGCACCGGAUAGGAAAACACCCACAAAGUUCGAGUAGGUUCAUAUGUGGUUGUGACAUAAAAUUUUUCUGAGAUGUUGAAUGGUCAUGUGAAUCUGUCCUCGUUGCAGUUGUCUGUCUUCAUACGCCAACGUUGGACACAGGCAUAUAAUUAAUUCUUUCCAUACUGCUUGUUUGUGACAUCAUACUUCAUACUCAACACAAGACCACUUACAUUGACAUUCAUCCUAUCAUACAUCGUCCACAUCUUCUCCACAUCUACAUUGGUUGUACUAAUCCAUCAUAUUCUUGCGUACUUAGAAGGAUCUUGUUUCCUUCUUCCGAUCAUCAAGAUGGCGGAGCACGUGUGUCGUUUGGUCAAGCAGCAGUAUGCGCUUGAUGCUUUGCCUGGUGAAGUGAACAUCGCUGCGAACAGCAGUCCCGUUACGGUUGGUCGCACAAACGAGAACACGUUGUGCACCGUUGACAAAACGAUUAGUAAAAACCACUGCUCACUGGAAUUGCAUUUUACACGGUCUCCGAGCUUGGGGAAUCAACUACGGAAAUUGCUGUUUCUGAAGGACAACAGCAGUUUCGGAUCGUACAUAAACGAGGUGAAGCUGGGCAAAGAGGCGCCUUUGACGUUGAUCCCACACCAAGCAAAUGUGGCUUUUCGAAGGCCCAAGGCGCAAGAUGAUGGAGGGUAUUACAGAGGCGACUACGUGGUGCACUACUCGUCGAAUAACAUACCGAAAGGAGACGAGGUAUUACUUUUUACUAUGCCUGUGAUCAAAUAACCCACCAGAAGAAGCAGACUAGGUACUUAUUUUUACGGAUGAGUUUAUUUCGAUUUCCUGUUGAUGUUGCAAGAAUUUUUGUUUCAUCUUGACAAUUGAAUACUUGAAAGUCUGCUGCGCGUGCAACACAAGUAUUUUACAACAGCUUCUAUGCGACGAGCAAGGCAAUGUUAUCGGACCGGUAAAUAUAGUAGGAAGUAUUGCACCGCAGCAGGAUAUGCAGUCUUUGCGACCUUACUCGAAUUUGAUGCCGCAAGAACAACAGAACUGGCCAGAUAUUCUGAUCCCGGUCAAUAUGGCAGGUAUUAUACUUGCACACUAAUUUAUUUUGCUUUGAUGUUGACGAUGAUGAAUUGAACUCCCAUACGAAUUCCUUUUUUGGUUCAGUACACCACACGAACAAUUUGUUACCCUCACUGCCUGGUCACAUAGUACUUUAUUCUGCAGCGCAGUCAAAAAUUUGGAUCAUUAUGAACCCAUCAUCCCAAGCAACUAUCAACUCAGAUUGGUCAUCCUCCGCGCAAGCGCUUGGGGUUGUUGUAGUUGCAAGUUGAUGUAGAGGUGUCUUGUGUGAGUGAGGUCCUUGAAGAAGAAGUUUGUUGUGAAGAGAAAAACGAAUUCAGACAACCACUUGUAAUUUUAGCAAAGAAAAAUUACAGAGUUGUACAGGAGCACAAGGGUCGUGCAUGUUUCAAUAUUCCUUGGCCACGUAGACACUUCUGUACUAUAGUUUCACUAAAAAUAGAUUCGAAAGCGCUUUUGCUUGUGCGCAGGUAGUACUACCUAAGUUGUUUCAGCACAUUGGAUGUACCACACUGAAUGACUUUCCUGGAUGUGGAUCCACUUGGUCUCGCCGUACAUUACGGUUGCAGCACUAGCACUGAACGCACUACACUGAGACGAGAUCAAUCAUGAGAACAACCAACUUGCUCUCACUAGGACUUCAGGACGGACAAUCUUUUGUAACUGUAAAAUGAUUUUGUUUAUUUGUUGAGCAAGUCUCAGGCUCUCGAUCUCUGAUCAUCUUUUGAAUGACACCCACGACGGAUCCCUGGCGAUGCCUAGGCAUCGCCUUGCCUGUUCAAAACUCCAUCAUGAGCGCGUCUCAGUCUGUGCGAUGUGGGCCAUUUUUUAGAUACGUAGGUUAGAAGAAGUACUCCCGAAUCAGACCCGUCCCCAGAACAGCCUUUAUCUGCCCCAAUAUAUUUGAUACUAAUUCUUAACCUUAAGAGACUCUCUUAGAGGAGUCUGUUCUAAAUUCGUAAUCUUUUCUAUUUUUGAUUCAUUGUGUCGACUCGUUGGUGAUUACAGCUAUUUUUUAUCUCCUAGCGUACUAUCUGAUUUGCAUGAGUAUGUCCGAUGAGUUUCUGUUGUGAAUUUGGCUUGUUCCUUUUGUCAUUGAAUCGAGAACUCUACUGGGUCUAAUCGCUGUCAAAUGACAGGUAAGUUUCUCAUGAAGAAUAAAAAACUAUUGCUGAAGAAUUAAUGUGUCGGGUAAUGUGAACUCUCCCUUUUUUUUCCGCGCGUCAAUCCUCCUCUCUCUUGCCGCGCUCCCUACCCAGGUCUCUCGUGUUUAUUUUAUAUCCUUUUCUCCCUCUUGCUUCCUCCUCCAGGUCUAGUCGCCCUCAGAGAGGCCUCUUUUUUAAACUUUAUCUCAUUUCCCGUUCCUCUUCGCCUCUCUCCCAGGUCUCGUUGUCGGCAAGGGUGGCGAGACUAUCAAACGAAUUGGCGAGCAAUCAGGGACACGACUCGAUGUCAGUAAAGAUCGCCAGGAUUGCGAUGCGAAUGGAAUGAAGAAAGUCCACGUCAUUGAAGGAAAUGCAGAGACUGUUUAUGAUUUCCAUUAUUUUUAGAUGCGAUUACUAAGUACACCAGAAUCUCCGUCUAGAAAUAGACAAUGAUUCCGACGAAAUAUUCGAGUAAAUCAUUUCAAAAUCAAGCUCCCAAUACAGCACUAUCUUUUUUAUCUUCUUGUACUACUGAGUAGUAAGUACCUCCAGUACCUACUCAGCGCCUCCCUGCCCCCUUCUAAUACCCCGAAAUCGCGCGUAAAAUGAUCAACGACUUGGUCGAAGAGAACCGCGCUACAUACCAAAUGAACAAGGAUGGUGGAAUGAAAGGAGGUCCGAUGAUGGUAGGUCCAGACGGCGCUCCUUUGGGCGGAAAAAUAGGAGACAAUAUGGGCAUGGGCGGAAAGGAUAUGAAAGGAAACCCUAUGAUGAUGGGCAAAGGUAAGCCGGGAAUGAAGAAAGGCGAUACUAUGAUGAAGGGUGGAUCAAUGGGAAAGACCAAUCAGCCACUCACACCAAGAGAAGGAGCGGAAUUGAUUAUUGUAUUGAUCUUACAUUGAGACCCUUUUUUUGUUCGAUCAGAACGAAGUGCAUCAAAACUACAGUUCUUCCUUGAAAAAACAAAUUAGUUGUAUACAUACUUCAUUAUUUUUCAUCCACGAUUAGGAUGACCACAACAACCCCUACCCCAUCUCAACAACCCCCUACCCACCAACAGACUAACGCCGGCAUGGUUGGACUUAUCAUUGGCGCCAGUGGAAAGACAGUGAAUAGGAUAAAGGCGGAUACUAUGACGGAAAUAGAAAUUGGCCUUGCUCCAGAUGGCAAUCCGGAGAUGCGCGCAGUGCAAAUAUCAGGAGACCCAGCCAACAUCGCUCGUGCCAAGCAAAUGAUUGAAGAUUUGUUGAAGGAGAGGGAGGAGAAGAAUAACCGUACUUUUUUUUUCCUAUUCAUUGUUAUUUUCAUCUGAACAACAACAUCUCCAUCUCGAACUUCUUUUCUUACCUGAUCUUGAUCUACCGUCUUCUCCUGACAUGGUUUCAAACGCCUGAUGAACAACGUUACUUUCUUAACUCAAUAAAACAGUGAUGAAAGGCGCUGGUAAGAAGAAGGGUCCAGGUGGCAAGAUGUCCCCCGGCGGAGGCCCUAUCGACGGCGCGCCUCCAGGCCCGCUUGAGACAUUCGAGACGGAAGUGCCCAGUGACGUCGUAGGCCUGCUCAUCGGCCAUCGCGGAGACACGAUCCGUCGUAUUCAAAACGAAACCGGCUGCAAAGUGGAGGUGGAUAAGAGUCGAGGAACGCCAGGUGUGAGUCAGAUGGUGAUAUUUGAAGCUCCAGAACGAGCCAUGAUCGAAGCCGGCGUAGCUGCCAUGAACGAAAUUCUUAGGCCAGUGAUUGAGGCACGAGCGGGUCAGAGCGGCGGUCCGCAAGCGACCUCGUUGCAGAAUGAAACAGCAGCGGCAAUGCAACAGGGAGCUGGUAUGAUUAUGAUUUUUGAGUUAGGUCUCAGUUAUUAUCCUGUAGAUGUGAAGAACGACAAGAAGAAGUUGGACUAGUUAUUGAUUAUCCUGAAGUUGCAUUCUAUUUUUCUUCCAUGGAUUUCGAUUUUUUGGUUUUUUUCGUAUCACAUGAUAAUCCUUGUUACGCGAAAACCCAACGCAGAGCACGCCAUCACGCACAACCCGGAGGACAAUUUGUGGUAUUGCCAUUUCAACUUAACGGACGGUAAGCAAAUCGAUUUGAUCAUCGGCAACGAGGGCGCCACGAUCCGAAGGCUGGGAGAGGAGAGUAAAACCGACAUAAGCAUCGUCCGCAUUGGCGGGGAGGGCGAAGCAGCAGAGCAUACUUGCAUAAUCAAAGGUGCUACGGAAGAGGAAGUGACCAAAGCCAGAACUCUGGUUCAGGAAGUACUGAACGAACAUAUGCCACCGCCAGCACCGAUGAUGGCAGCACCGGAUGCGAGUGGCAUGGUAAUUAUGAUCCAGUACAACAACCGGCGAGUUUUCCCUCUUCUACUCGUAGACUUAUCCCCCCAAGCAAUUAUGAUCUCGUGACGCCAGGUUUCUGAUGGUCCCAGCUAGCGUCUACAUCUCUCCUCAGUUCUACUCCUGAAGAAAGAGGUUCCUCUCAACUGCAUUCCGUAUAAUGUUUUUCAUGAUAGUACAACCAAGAAGUAUGAAGCGCUGUCAGGAUCACUACAAACUAUCCUAUUUGAAACAGCCUAUCGGACCUCCGGAUGGCAAGCAUGGAGGAGGCAAGAAAGGCGGCAAACCCGACGCAAGCAAGGGCAAGGGUGGAAAAGGCGGAGGUAUUAAGCUUCCUUCUAAUUGUAGUGUCAGACGGGAAGAUUCAGACAAUUGGGUCACCAAUGCAUUUACUUUUAUGAUGCCAAUAUGCAGGACCUUCUCUCAGGACUUUAACGAACAACAUUCCUAGCUGAGUACGUGGUUCACAAUAUUAUAACGUAUUACGACAGGUAAGAAAGGUCCCGAAGAAAAGCGAAAGUUGUACAUCGAUGAGAUGAAUUUUCCGCGAAGACGUGUCGAUCAAAUACAUCCGGAAGAGAUGGAGGUCUUUAUCUCCGGCAUGCGGUCUGAUAUAGAUGAGGAGUGCGUCUGGAAAUGCCUAUGUGCAGUCGGAGCAAGCGAUGUGGCGGAAAUCUUGCUGCUUAAGGUACGUGAUUUUUUUCGUUGUUGGAACUAGAUACGAGCUUGCUUGAUUUGUUCUUGGUGUAUCUUGUUCUGAUUGAGGUGCUUCUUAGAUAACAUUUGUCGAUAGCACAAGAAAACAAUCUUUUUUCAACAAAUAUCUCCCCCACACAGGACCAAGACCGAGGUGAUAUCUCCAAAGGAAUGGCAUAUGUGCUUUUUAGCAACCAAGCCCAUGCGAUGACGGCAACUCAGAAACUCAGUAUGCGACCUCUCCAUGCAGGAGUAAACGACAUCGCAACCGACCAGCUCAAGUGCGUCUGGUCCGAGUCGGAAAGGGUGCUGAGAGGAAGCAAUGGUACUUAUCCUCUCAAUAGGAUGUUGCAGGAACUUGCUAUUGUCUCUUACAGAAUAUGGAACAGCAAGUGAUUGAUAAGCAGAUCAUGAAACAAGUCAUCUCUUUAUUUCAUGUUAGCACGACCAAAGAACCACGUCCACGUGCAAUUAUCGACCACAGAAUUUCCAUCACCCCAACCACACACAUACCACCAAAGGUUCUCAUCGCGAAGAGCUGAUUGGUAAAUUGAUGGGUAAGAAGGCAGUUCGUAUGCAGGAAAUCCAACAGGCUAUUGGUGCUAAUAGGGCUAUCUUGACUGGACGAGGAAUGAAGGGUUAUGGAACCACUGACGAGUGCACCAGAUUGCAUUUAGUGCUUUGUAUUCAACCAGGAACCGGCAUAGAGAUGAUGGAAAAAGCGAAGCCUGUAUGGGAAGAGCAGUUGACUUACGCUUAUCAGGUAUACCUGUAGCUAGAUACUAGAGACCUGCUACAAAAAAAAGAUCUUUUAUCCUACUGCAACACGAGUACACGCAACCAACAUAAUGAUGACGCAAAACCGAUACUAUACUCAAGUUUCCGAAACUUGGUGUAGAAACAACGAAUUUGCACGUCAGUCUGACAUUUGGGUUGUUGUACGUGGAAAUCGAUGAAGAUUUAGAUCAAGAUUUAGAUCAAACAGUUCUUUGUGAAAACGAAAAAUUCUCUUCGGAUCUUUUCACUCUUGUAGUUCUCAUGCACAAUUAUUAAUCAGGACGGCUACAACGGCGGUCGAGACCAGCAACCGUUUAGGCCACCUGGUGUCCAGAACCCUGGCGGGGUUUUUAUCCCUCCUACCGCAGUCGGCGCUCCUCCAGUCGGUACUCCUCCAGGAGUAGCACAGCAGCAGCCGGUGACGACUUUCAUCCAGCCGCCUGGGGGCGGUCCGCCUCAGCAGGUGAUCGUGAUGCCUGCAGGCGGCGGUGGACCUCCGCCACAGCAACAAAUACUAGCGCAAGGUGGCGGUGGACCUCCGCAACAGGUGAUCGUCGGCGCCCCACCGCUCGGAGGACCUGGAGCGCCUCUUCCUACAGAUCCCGCGAGUGGCCAGGUGAUCGCCGCACCUCCUGGAGCAGUAGUUCAGCAGCCGCAGGUGGUGCAACAACAGCCGGUAGUCGUGCCGGCUGUUGCACAACCGGUUCUGAAAAUUCCUCUAGUGUUGAAGCGUGUAAACAGCGACACAGGCAAGAAGUACUGCGAAGCCGUCGCUCUAGUCGGAAGCGAGCUCAGAUGGCAAGCUUGGUGUCCAGAAGUGGGCGGCGAGGGCUGGAAAGCCUACGCUUUGCGGUGGGGGAAAGAAGGCCAACUCUUUGUCAUUCUGCAGCAGCGUGAAAGCGGUCAGAUCAAGCUUUGUGUGGUUGAAGAGAACCUUCCCAUGGAACGAUGGAAAACCGUAGUAGCACCUCCAGUAGAACUCUUCUCCGCCAAGAACUGCAUGUUCAAGCCGUUCAACAUUGACGGCAAGAGUUACCUCGCUUGUCUAGACAGAGCAAGGAAGAAGAUUCUGAUGUACAAGAUUCGAGACCCAAACGAGGCGUGGGAAACGUGCUACGAAGAACCUCUGCGCAUCGAGUCCAAUCCAAACUCUAUGCGCUUCAGUCACUGCGCGAAGAUUCAUUUCUUCUACUGCCCAGCCACCAGGAGACCCUACGCCAUUGUCCACGAUCGCAGUGAAGACAAGCGGUUUUACAAUGUGCCUGAGUUGUACGAGAUCAGUUCGGCGCGAGAACAGUGGCGCAAAGUAGAGUGCGAAUCCGAACACGGAUUCAAAAUGCCACUCCCUCAAACGAAAUUCCGCAUGUGGCCAGUGUACAUGCGCACCAACGCAGGAGGACCGGCUACUGGUCCGGAUGGCGCGCCGAUCGGAGGUGCACAAGCAGCGACGAUUGAGGUCUUCCUGUUCGUAAUGGACGUAGAGCACAAGGAGUUGCUGAUCAUCUACAUUCCAAGGGAAGGCGUGUGCAACGAGUGGCACAUUGUGGCGAGGAAAAGCUUUGCGGCUGACACGAGACUGUCGUUGCUCUACAUAGCAGGAAAGCCAGAACCGAUGUGCAUGUCGUUGUCGUCUCAGAGUGGACAAGCAUGCUUGUUUAAGGUACUUACUAGUACUACGCUUGGACGUUUUUAUGAUCACCCAGUUGGAAUCACAUUUAGAUCUACUGAGAAGCGAACCCCUGUCUUUCAUCGUCAAUCCAAAACUAUUCGUUCUAGGUCCACCUGCACUUAGUGGUGCCACCGCCGGGUAUGUCAGCCAAGGAUAGGCCGCCUCCGCAAAGAGCAAUACUCGAAGAGCUCUUUAGGCGAGAUAUCAAUGACCUCCUCAAGGGGCAUCCAGCCUACAGUGACGAGUCAAUGAAGCAUCAGCUCAUCCCUGUCGACACCUCAGCCGAUCUCGCGUGCUCCCAGGCACAUCCGUGGAUAUCACAGAUCAUCAAGGUACUUACAGUCCCUUUCUUACCCCAGUUUUUACUCUAGACACAGAGCAUUUAUGUGUGUACUUCUUUAUUCAUGUGGUCUCUCAAGACGAUAGUAAUUUCCAAUCGCACAGUUUUUUUCUAAAUCCCAAUUUUUACUCUCACAGGAGUCGGCCCUUCCGAAGAAUCUUGCCGCUGCGCACGUUGAGCCAACUCCAGGACACAGCAUUCCGCUCACUCGGGGUCCGUUCGGAGACACCAAAGAGUCUAAGAAUUCCGCAGAAAGUCCGUUCGAGCAAGACGGUGGUGGUGGUGGUAAUAGUAAUAAUGCAGGUGGAGCCGAAAAUAGUGCAGCACGCGGUGCAGCAGCGUUGCCAGUCUCGAAGAAUCACAUGGGCCCUUUCGAUUCUAGCCCCUUUGGUGAGGACGACGACGACAGCAGUGACGCAGGUCAAGGACCGUUUGACAACGUGGAGCCCAAGAAAAAACGAGAUAUCCCAUUCGAUGAUGGACUCCUGUUUCAUUUAGGCGACAAAGUCGAGGCAAACUGGCGACGUAAGGGCAACUGGUACCCAGCUCGCAUUGUCGGAGUGUCGACGCAAGGGAACGGAUUCACUUUGGAAUAUGAGGCAACGGGAGAGUUGGAGUAUGACGUCUGGGAGCAGCAUAUUCAACCGCUGUCAUUGCGUCUCAGCUCCUACGCCAAUUGGCGGGGGCCGAAGGACACCAUAACAGUCCGAGCAGAACGCAUUGGAUUGAUAUUAUGAUGAAGGAUCGAUGAUGAAACCUGAGUUUGAUUUUUAGAGUAGAUUAUCAAGUGUAGUUGCAGAAUAAUUUAGAAAAGGUAAAAAAAUGGAGACUGCUUCUACUAGUAGCUAGGAGAAAGUCCUUUAGGUUAGUCCAAAUUGUACUGUCCAUCUCCACUGUUCAAGUCUACCUCCCGAUUGUACUGUCCAACUAUGUUGAAGAAAGUUUAGAGAGGAGCUUCAUUACACCUAACAUCUCUUGCACCUAACAUGUCCUCUUUUUCUAAGAAUUAUUGGCUCAAAGGGAGGCACCGUGAAGGAGCUAGAGCGGGAAUUCCAGGUCAAGGUGGCGAUAAGUCGGGAUGAGGGAGAGCGGAAAGAGAUUUUCAUUCUCGCGGAGACGGCCAAACGGGUAAAGGAAUGUCGCGACCGUAUCCAACGUAUCAUUCGCGACGCCCAGGCCAAAGACGACAAUGAGAAACGCAGGCAAGAGUCAAUACAGGAGCAAAGGAGGCGAGAGGCGGAAGAGUGGGAACGACAGAAGAGAAGAAGGUCAAGAGAUCGUGAUGUGCCAAAGGGUGAAGACCACCAUAAUGACCAAAGAGGUGGUGGAGAUAACUUUGGAGACAGUAGAGGCGGUGCUGGGAAUAGUAAUCACUAUGGAGGAAGUAGGGGUGAUGGAGGGUCCUAUCGCAAUGAGCAUGGCGGAGGCGGAAGUAGGGGAGAUCGAGAUGGUGGUGGCCGCGGUGGCAAUGGCGAGUAUGGUGGUGGCAACAGCUAUGGAGCUGGCGGCUAUGGCGGCCGCGGAGGAGGUCAUCGUGGUGGAGGCAGUAGAGGCUGGGGUGGUAAAGACGAUAACUACCGAGGCCAGGAAGUAAGAGGCAGAGAGCAAAGAGGCGGAGAUCACAGAGGCGAUCGGGCAGAUAGAGGUGGUGAUAGAGGCGACAUCAGAGGUGGUGAUAGAGGCGACAUCCGAGGUGGUGAUAGAGGCGAGAUCCGAGGUGGUGAUAGAGGAGAGAGGGGCGAUCGUAGUGGCAACAAUCAAGAACGACAAGAAGCUCGUAGGUACCAGGAUCGAGACGAGCAAUGGGAGAGAGAUGCGAAGCGACGAAGGCAAGACCCUCCUACGGACGAACGACCCAGAGUUGUCCUGAACAAAAGGCAGCGGAGCCGCAGUCGAUAAAUCUCUAGUCGUGGGGUACGAUUUAGAAUAUUCGAUUUUAAAAUUUAGCUUCACAACUCAGCAUAAUAAUGUUCCUUCUCGAGGUGUAGUAAACCGAUUAGUUCGCAUAGCCUCGCUGGCAUCUGGAAUUUUAGCCCGCGUUUGGGCGUCAUCGAAACAUGUAUCAUGAAAUUUAGAUUUGGAUUUAGAAACGUCGGUAUUUGGUUGUACUUAUUUGAAACGUCACAUUUGGAGCAGCUAGAAGAAAGGUUCUACAUAUACUCUACAGCGGAAUCCUAGUCAUAAUAGUCCUUACCACGACGACGUGGUUCAAAUAGUCGAAAAUGUAGAUAUGCAGAGCGGGCGACGGUCAAUCUCGCAUCUGAAUGUCAUACAAGGUUUUUACUCGUUAUUCAAUGUAAUAAAAGUUUGUUUGUCUGUUUUUCCUGCACGCGAAAAAUCGGGAUCAUUAUCUAUCGAUAUUUAGAGCAUCUUCGUUCAAGGAAUCCACUAGAUUUUACUUCGUAGAAGAAAAUCCAAUGUAGACGAGCGUCCUCACUUUUCCCAAUUUUCUAGAGUCUUUUUGGAGUGUUUCUGUGCCUUUCCCAGCUGCUUUGUUGUAAAGCGAUCUCUCGCAAGACCGAUGAUUUACAUCCCUAAACGAACCAUAGAACCACGUGCGCACAUGAUCCAUUGACAUCAACGAUGCUUGGUGUCCCCAAUCAACCUUCUCCCAAACGAACGAUUUUACCCUAAAGAUGUAGCUCCGUUCGAUGAGCACGUUUCAAAAUAUGACAUCAAAUAGAUACUGUGUUUCGAAGUCGUGUUCCAGCAAAGUCUCUUUGUCUCUUCGUAGAUCCUGGGAUGAUUUAGAUCUUGGCCUCGAGGAUGAAGAACAAAGUCUCGAUCUUUAGAAAACACAAGGCAGCCAACAACAACAUGCGAAGAUGAAGACUCCAUCAGAAGAUCUAGCAUUUUUUACUCUUCAUCUAUGGUGACGGAUCUUGAAAUGAGCAUCAGCACUACAGAUCUGGUUCUCAGAGAGAAUCUUUUAGGUCGAGGAAAAGACAAUGGAAGAAAAAAGGACAAGUUGAGAUCUCGAGGAGAACACCAUCAUCGAUUGCUGUAGAUCACUUGCUGUAGAUCAAGAACACCAACAUCGAUACACGAAUUGAACGACCGCUCCUCUUGCAUGUUGGGAUCCUUCCUGAGGAUCAACUCGCAAGUUUAUGUGUGUUUGAAGUUCAAUUUUCCUUUAGAUCGUCUUUUCAACCGAAAUCGCUACACAGGGAAACGGAGUAAUUCUCCUGAGGUAAUCUCUUAGGGUAGAGUUAAGU